AUGGCGGCCAACAAGGAGAGGCAGGCCAAGGAAAACGCCGACAAGAAGGGAGUCAAGCCCAAGAAGGUGGAGAACAUUUUCACGUCCGAGGCUUCGUCUGCGGUGCUUACCCAAGACCUACUAGACAUACAGCGGUUGGAGCAAGAGCUGGGCAUGGAGGUAGAGGCCGUCGACGACAACAUUUUCCACUGGAAGGUUAAGAUCAAUCGGGUUAGCGACGCGAGCCCUUUGCGCGAGGACUUGGAGAAGUUGCGGCAGACGUACGCUUACGGCUACGUGGAGAUGGAGCUGACGUUUACCAUGGACCUGUACCCCUUCUACCCUCCCCUGGUUAAGCUGGUGCGACCGCGAUUCCAGGGCUUCAUGAUGGGCCGCAUCACUAGCCUCGAGAUACUGCAGCUGUCCAAGUGGUCCAGCGUUCGAGGCAUGAAGGGGGUGUUGCAGGGGAUCAGGACGGCCCUCGAGACCUGGGGGCGUCUCGACCUCGGGAGUGAGCUGAACGAUGUCAUCGUGCACCCGGAAGGGUCGUACACCGAGCUGGAGCACCUGCUCAUGCGGCUGGGGCUAGUGACCGAGAUCAGACCCCACGCGUCCAUGCAGUGCGACGAGGACGCCCUGCUGCUGGGUCAGGAAGGAGGAGGAGGAGGA